UCACCACGGCGUAGAGAGAAAGAUGAAGUAAAGCUUUUACUCUUCAGGAACUUCGUAUCGAGUCCUUCACCUCUAUCACAUAAAGUUCUGGAGGAGAACAUGACUGGAUCCUGGAGACUAUUCCUACUCUGUUGUCUCCUGCAAGGUGCUGGGUGCAACACUGAAGAAUACAAGGUCAGAAUGGAAGCAAAAGUGACGACACUCCUGUGUGGAUCCUGUGUUACCGUUCCUUGUUCAUUCACCGUGAAGAAAACGUAUGAAGUCCAGCUAAAUUCUGGAUGUGAAGUCACAUGGUUAAAAGUUGAUAAACCUAUAACUUUUAUACCUAUAACUGCAGGGUUCGGAGGAAUCCUAACAGAGUACAACUGUACUACAACAUUCAAUAACGUACAUGAAGAGAUUUCAUAUAAGCUUAGAAUAGAAUGUUUAAAAGAAGAAGAAAAUAACCGAUUCAAAUACGAGUUUUCAGAACAGCCAGUGACCAUCCAGAUCAAGGGGCUCCCUGAUGCACCUCGUUUGACCCCCCCCAAGGAGCCGGUGGUGGAGGGGACUCCUGUGGAGCUGGGGUGCUCUGCCCCGUCCUACUGUGACACCCACCCCCCCACUGUGACGUGGACCCCCGCCCUGGGGCUCAGCACCCAGCUCCAGCAGAACGAUACCGUGACCUCCACUCUGACCUUCAACGCCUCCCACCUCCACCAUGGAAACAAUGUCUCCUGCACUGCGGCCUACUACAUACCAUCUGGGAACAAACCUGUGACGUCUACAAGAUACCAACUCAGUAUCUCAUAUGCCCCCAGGAACACCUCUGCUGUCGGCAGCCCGUGUCUUCCAGCCGGAGAGGGAGGCUGCCUGAACCUAACCUGCUCCAGUCAUGCUAACCCUGCUGUCAGCGAGUUCACCUGGUACCGAAUACGCGAAGAACACAUCCUUAAGAUCGGGACUGGAUUCUCUCUGUCCAUCCAGCUGUGGAACGCCAAUAACGUUUUCUUCUGUGAGGUCCGGAAUGACUUUGGCACAGAAAAGUCUAAUGUCUACAAGAUUGACAUUCAAACUCCUCCCAGGAUCCUGCCCUCUUCAGGCUGCAGCAGAAUUGCAGCCUGGGUGCGAUGUUCCUGCUACAGCGUGGGCAGACCAUCACCGUCUCUGGAGUGGUGGUUGGAUGGGGAACUGGUGUUGGGUUCUGAAGACGUGUCUGUUAGCCAGGUCAACCUGGAGAACGUCACGUUGAGGAGCUCCCUCACAAUGAGGGCCCCUGCUGGUCUGACAGCCUUGACCUGCCACAGCUCCAACGCUGCCGGGAACACCAGCCAGGAGCUUCCUGUCCCCCACCUGGAUACACAGCAAUACCUGACAGACUUGGUGCUGUGCAUUGUCAAAUCUGCUGUGAUGUUCGUGGGCUUAGUGUGCGUGGUCGUCUGUAUUAUAAGAACUCGGAGAGUGGGUGAGGAGACGCGGUCCUUUAACGCUGCCACUGUGAAGCGAGCCCCCCCAGACGAGGAGAAGUCCCAGGUCGUCAUCAGAAGUGAGGAGGACGACUACGUUAACAGCGGGAUGCAGAUGAACCCGGUUGGGCCGAGAGAGGAGCCUGUUGGACCGAGAGAGGACGCUGUUCUGAGGGCCGGUUCCCCAGUCUCAACGCACCGUGAUGCAGCUUCCUCCCGCCGGAUAGACCCUGCAGGCUCCCACCCAGGACGACCGGUCUCUAGGGAGCUGACUGAAGAUACUCAGUAA